AUGGAUUACGCUGUUGAAAAUUUAGAAAAGACUUCCGACAUAGAGCGGAAAGCAACACUCAGCAAGCUACAUAAUAUGCAAUGGCUGAAAAAUACAUCUUAUUCAGCAAAUCCUGACAAGAUAAAAGCUGUUGUCUAUAAGCAAAUACAAAAUCAAGAUGAGGAAAAGAAAAUAGAAGAUAAAGUUACAGAACUAGCUGAAACUAUCAAGAUACAUGCAGUUAAAGAACCUGAUAAAUAUUCUUCAUUGAACAAUAUGCUUCAAACAAAUUUAUUUAAUGAUACAAUGCCAGAAAAAGAUGAGAAUAUUUGGAACAAAGAUAUAGAUACAGCCAAUCUAUUUACAAAUGCUGAUAACCUAACUGAUCAAAAGAAUGAAGAAGAUAUGUUAAGUAUUGUGGAAAGUAUUGUAACAGCAAAGCUAGAGGCUGAGUUUUGUAUAACCAAGGAACAUAAAGAUCAAUCAAAUGUAUCGGAGAAUAAUACUAAAGAUAUACAGGACACAAUAUGUACAAAUCUUUCCGAGUCACAAAAAAUUAAUGAAAACACAAAAGAGUUGAAAUUAAUAAAACAUUCUGAUGGUAAUAAUAAUAAUGAUUCCAAAUCAGUGACGUUAUGUAUGUCAAAAGUAAACGAUGAACAAAAUUCAACUUACAAAAUAGCUGGUGUACAAAGCAGUAAAGUUUUAACAGAAACAAAUGAUAAAGGUAAAUUUAUAAUUUGUAAGAUAUGCACUGGAUGCAAUUCAAAUUUAAUUAAAGAUAAUGAAAAACCUUCCAAUCUUAGUAACGAUUCUAAAAAAGCAAUUUUCAAUUCAUCAAAGUUACUAAGUACUACUGAUAAAAAUGGAAGGGAUCAUUUUAAUAAUAAACAUAAAGCAAAAAAUACUGCUAGCAUAAAGAAACAGGAAUUUGUAAAACAGCGUCAUGUUUCAAGAAAUGGAACGGAAAAGGAGGUGAAAAAGUCAAACUUAGUGAAAACAGAUUUUGAAACAACUGAUAUGACAUGUCAAAGUAAAAAUUUAAACAAAGAUAAAAUUUUACAAAAACAAACAAAACAAUUUUCAUCAAAAUUAAAAGGUCAAGAGUCUCUUAAAAAGAAUCCAUCUACGCCUAACUUUUUUGAUGAUAAAAAUAAAACGGAGAAAUUAACACAUAUAUCAGGAAACCUCAACUCGCCAUUAAAUGAAUCUGAAAGAAAAAAUGAUAAGAUUGUUAAUGAACACAAUUUUCAAAGCGAUCAAAAAGUAAAUCGCAGUGAUUUUAGAAAAAAUACUACAUUUGUUGCGCAAUAUAAAAAUUCAACAUUCUCAAAGUCAAUGCAAAAUGUUCCGAGAACAGGACAAGCUCCAAUGUAUGGAAGAAAUUCAUCAUAUGCAUAUAAUAAUCCAAAAUUUAAUAAGAAUCGUAAUGAUACUGCUGAACAUAAAGUUAUGAAAAAAGAACUUACACCUACUAAUAUAUUAAUAAAAUCAAAUACAGGAACUGAAAAAUCUGACACAAACAAUUUGGAGAGUUGCACAAUACAGAAGGAAGAAGUAAUUCAACUGACAGAUGUAAAAUCAACAAAUGUACAUGAAGUAGAUACAUUAUUAUCUAACGAUAAAAGUGAUUCGAAGUCUAUAAAAGUGGAGUCAUACUUAAUACAAAGUAAAGAAAAUAUGAAUUUAAAGAAUAAAGACCAAGGAUCUAUAAUGUCAGAACAGUGUUGUGAAGAAACGAAUGGUACCUCUAAAGUUGAUAUUAGCCAGCAAAAUAGAGAAACGAAUAAAGAAGAUAUCAAACCACUUAAACACUCAUCCAAUUUAGUCUCUGAUAAGUGUGCUACAAAUUCACAAAUCAAUGCGAUGCAUCAGUAUUCGUUCAAACUGGAAAACGUACAACGCACGAAUGAUGUAAAUCAAUUGAAAAGUAGUCAAAUUACUUGGAAUCAAUCAUCUGACAACGCUAUGCAGAAAGGUGCAACGAUUAUGAGUUUACAACAAUCUAUUCAAAAUAUGCAUUUUAAUACACAACAGACUUUUACUCAAACAGGAAAUUUAAGAGGACAAAUGUCGUCGUGGGAAUCAGAUAAUAGCAAAUUUUAUGAUCAACAUUUUCCAGUUAAUGAUGCGAUGCGGCUGUCGCAGAUUCCAAAUACUUUCAACGCACCACCUUAUAGUAAUACACAAAUGUCACAUGAUGACAGUGUCACUGGUACGUCUACACUAGAAACUACGAUGAAUAGAGAAAAUUCAAAUGUUUUGUAUAGAUACGGUCCAAAUGUACAGCAGAGACCUGUUAUGGCUUCUGAUUUUCCCGGCCAUUCCGCGUCGUCGUGUCAGACUAACCAGUCUAGAUGGAAUUCCUCGAUACAAGACAAUUUUCACAUUGAACAUCCAUACGUUGCAACGCAACCUACAAUGAUGCAUAUUUACAAUCCUGCAACUUUUGGUCCAGAUGACUUUAAUAAUACAAUGGAUUAUGUAUCUCAUCCAGUAAUUUACGCACCAUCUCCAUAUAUGCAAACAUGGAAUUCACAAUUACAGUAUUCAGUGCCCGUUAUGUAUAAUUCCCCGUGCACGAAUUAUACGUUUCCUUCUCAUAAUCAGUCAAAUAAUUUUAACAGCUCUAUGCAUGACCAGCAACAGAAACAUAAUCCUUAUAUGCAAAUGAAUAAUUACGCUAGAGAUACAUAUAAUGAUACCAAUACUUGCGCUGUACAAGCGAGAAAUGCUGUCGAUAAUGUUCCGAUGAAAUCCAAUUAUUAUUACAAGAAGUAUCAAGAUAAUUGUCGAACAGUUGGUGACGUUCCUCAAUAUGUAGCACCAGUUUCGUAUUCAAAAUCACAACAUGGUAUGAAUUUCAUGCCUGCAACAGGCAUAAAUCAAUGCCACACAUCAUAUUGUCCAAAUCAGAAAUAUUAUAAGCAAAACAUGACGAAUUACAUGAAAAAUCCGAAAAGUCAGGUACAAGAUUUUGUUUGUGAUGAUAAUGCAUCUGAAGACAUUCCUCCAAUAAUAUCUCCGAAAGAAUUUGUAACAAACAAUGUAAAUUUUUCAAAUCAAAGUGAUCAAUUUGCGACACGAGUAUUUAAACCAGAUUUUAAAACGAGAUCAAACUCAGGAUAUCGUCCACCGCCCUCUCUACCAAGAUAUAAUGGCAGUUUUCGCAAAAAUACAACUUUUCAAGAUUUUCCGAAAGACUAUACAUAUCCUGUUAGUAUUGGUCGCGGUACAUAUAAAACUAAAAAAAUAUAAAAAUACAUCUAGAC